CGUCCGACGAACGGAGGGUCGGUGGAGGGUAUACAGAGUCCACUCUUCACACACCAAUAUUCUCUCUCUACAACCUCACUCCGAAUCAACAUUCUCUCUCUCUAUCUCUAACGCCUGAGCUCCGGUGAUUCCAUGGUUGUUUUCCGGAGGAAUGCUGCUGUCCGGCCAUUUCCCACGCUCCAGUUUGUAGUUUGUUCUGCAACUCUCAUCUCUAAUUUACAAUGCAGCUUCUUGGUCACAAUGUCAGAAUCUUGAUUCUUUUACUUAGAAAAGCUGUGUGAAAAUUGGCUCCAUUUGCAGUUGUGUGUACUGUGUUUUUUCUUUUGUUUUCUCCUUGAUCUCGCUCUUCCAAAGCUCGUUCUCCAAGUUACCAUCUGUCUUUCUUUGCUGCUUAUUGAAUCUGACUUCACUCUCUCUCUUUCUUACCUUUAUCUUUCCAUUUUUUCUUUUGUUUGAGCUAACUUUUGAAGCUAGAUUCUUCCCUUUUUAUCUCUUUUUUUCUUUUGCCCCUUUCUCUUUGUCUCUGCCCAGACCCAUUUUGAAUCUGAAAAAAGUUGCUUUAUUAGCUUUUGGUCACCUAUUGGGCUCCUCCUGCUCUUAAGAGUAGGGAUUCAUUUCUUAAUUUUAAUUAUCUUUUUGGGUUUUCUUUUAGAAUGUUUAUCUUGUGGUUACCAGCUAAAUUCAAAGUAGGUCCCCUGAGACUCUGAUAUUUUUUUUAUUCUGGCCUUUUUUGCUCUUUGAACCUUCUAUUCACGAUGAAAUUCCAUAGCUGUUUGCCUCAUUGAAGGUGAUUUUAAACCUCAGAAACAGAUCCUUGAUUUUGCAGCUAGAUUAUUCAGUUUUAGCAUUACUGCAACCAAGGGGUUAAAAGUAUUGAGAUGAAUGGGAUUCAGAGAAGAAAAGUUGGUAAUAAUGAAAAGCCUUUCCCUGGCUGUCUGGGAAGAAUGGUGAACCUCUUCGAUCUGAGUACGGGUGUCUCUAGGAACAAGCUUCUCACCGAUGCACCACAUCGUGAAGGUCCUAUUCUCUCAAGGAAUCAGGCAGAUGUGGCAAGGAUGUUUAAUCACUCCAUAAAUCAGUCUGAAGAUAAUCUGAGUCAGACAGUGCCUGAAUUGCGGAGAGCAUCAAAUAAGAGAGCAAGUGGAACACCUGUGAAGAUGCUUAUAGAUCAAGAGAUGUCUGAAAUGGAGAGUACGCAAAGUCCACCCAAUGUGGUUGCAAAACUAAUGGGGCUUGAAACUCUCCCUCAUCAGUUUUCUGGUUCAUCUGUUCAAAGAAACAAUGUAAGAACUUGCCCAAAGAGUAGAAUUCAAAACCAUAGUGACUUCUUAGAAGAGGGAAUGAAAUACCAAGUUGAUGAAUGUUCAGAGCAGAAAGAAUAUAAAGAUGUAUAUGAAAUAUGGCAGCGAUCUCCCCAGACAAACUAUAUUAAAGAAAAACUGCCAAAGGGAAUGGAAAGUGAAGUUGUGAAUGAUAGAAAGAUGGCUCUUGUUCGCCAGAAGUUUGUAGAAGCAAAACGCCUGGCCCCAGACGAGAAAAUGCGGCAAUCCAAGGAAUUUCAAGAGGCACUAGAAGUUUUAAGUUCCAACAAGGAUUUGCUUGUCAAAUUUCUGCAGGAGCCAAACUCUUUGUUUACUCAGCAUCUGAAUGAAUUCCAGUCCAUCCCUCCAUCUCCUGAGACGAAGCGCAUCACUGUUCUUAGACCUUCAAAGGUCUCUCGGGAUGAAAGAUUUACUGAACUUGAGAAAAAAAACUAUAGACAAUCAAGGCUACCAGCUCAGAGGGGUCAAUCGGCUUCUUUGGAUAGAAGUGAUUCAAGACUUUCCCCUACUCCAGCUACUAAUAGAACUAAUGAAUAUGCUGUAGGUGUUCAACCAACAAGAAUAGUGGUUUUGAAGCCGAGUCCUGGGAGGAAUCUUGAUAAUAAGCCUAUAGCCUCAUCACCUAGUCCAUUGCCUAGAGCGGUGCAGGAUGGAAGCUUCAAUGGAGGAUUUGAAGAUGAUGAUGUGAAGAAAUCAAGAAAAUUUGCAAGGAAUAUUACUCAGAAAAUGUGUGACAAUCUUUUGGGUCAUCGAAGGGAUGAAACUUUGAUUUCUUCUGUGUUUUCAAAUGGUUAUACUGGUGACGAAAGUUCAUUUGAAAAAUCCGAGAAUGAUUAUGCAGUAGAAAAUCUGAGUGAUUUGGAAGUCAUGUCUUCCUCUUCGCGUCAUUCUUGGGAAUAUGUUAACAGAUAUAGUAGCCCGUAUUCGUCAUCCUCAUUCAGUCGAAUAUCAUGUUCUCCAGAGUCAUCUGUGUGUAAAGAAGCCAAAAAGCGACUGUCGGAAAGAUGGGCCAUGAUGACGACACAUGGGAACUAUCAAGAGCGUAGGUAUGUUAGGAGAAACUCAAGUACAUUGGGUGAGAUGCUUGCACUGUCAGAUGCAAAGAAAUCAACAGUAACAGAUAAUGAAGUUAAUGAACAUGAACAAAGUGAUUUAGACCCCUGUUUUAAUAGGGAUGAAAAUAUAGAAUGUCUGGAUGAUUCUCCCACAACGUUUGAAAUGUCGAAAUCUGUCUCAGGAUCUUCUGCAUUGUUUGGUGUGCUUAAUCUUGAAGCUUCAGAUCUUGAUAUCGUCAAAAUUGAAGAUUCGAAGUUGUUAGGAAAGCCUAAGGGUGUUAAGUCAUCAUUUAAUGAGAAAGUUUCAAGUUUAUUUUUCUCUAGGAAUAAGAAAACAAUAAAAGAAAAAUAUAGUGGAUCUCAAACUAAAGAUGAGCCCCAAUCUUGUAGUGCCGAGACACUCUCAUCCUCAGCUUUCAUUCAUCAUUCUAGAGGUUUUAGUAAUGCUGCAUCUCAUUCUAACGAUGGUGAAGGGUGCUCAUCCGGCACUUCUUUCCUACAUUUAACAAAUGUGGCUGGUAGAGGAGGUGCAGUUCUUCAUCAUGAGGCAGGGUUGUCAGUGAAAAGGCCAUUCGUGGCUGGAAAUGUUGGUGAAAAUCAGGAGCAGCCAAGUCCAAUAUCCGUUCUGGAACCACCAUUUUUUGAAGAUGACAACACACAUUUAGAAUUGUCCAGCUAUUUGAAGCCAAGGAAUCAGGAGUUCUGUAUGCCAUACAAGAAUAGCCUCAUCGACAAAUCACCACCGAUAGAAUCAAUUGCUCGGAGUAUAUUUUGGGAUGGUUCUUAUUCAGAUUCAUCUGCUCCUUGUGCACUCAAGUCUGCACCAGUUUCCACUUGUCUGGAGGAAGAACAAAACUGGCAUUCCCUUGUUCAAGCUCUUCUUACAAUGUCUGGUCUAAGUAAUGAAGUACAACAAUGUAGCUUAUUGUUUGCCAAGUGGCAUUCACUUGCCAAUCCACUAGAUUUGUCUCUAAGAAACAAAUAUGCCAAUCUAAACAGCAAAGAGCCAAUGCUCGAGGCCGAGCGAAGGCAGCUACGAUCAAGUAGGAAGCUAGUGUUCGACUGUGUCAAUGCUGCCUUGAUCGAUAUAACAAGUCAGGAACUCGAUCACAGGCGAACAGAAAUAUUGGCCCAAGACACAUCACUAACAUUAUUGGACUGUGUUAUGGUCAAAGUGAAAGAUUGGGUUUGCGUUGAAUCUAGAUGUGUUACAGGAGACAUUGGGGACAUCAACAGCCUAGUAGUGGAAAGGGUAGUCAGAAAAGAGGUAGGAGGAAGAAACUGGGAUGAGCAUCUACGGAUGGAAAUGGAUAAUUUGGGAAAAGAAGUAGAAAGGAGAUUAUUGGAAGAGCUUUUGGAAGAGGCUGUUGUUGAAUUGACGGGUAAAGUUUGAUUAGAAUUUGCUUUUCUUUCUGUUGUGUUCUAAAUUAAUUCAUUACUCUCACCUUUGUAUCUGAUAUUCAAUAAUGAUGGUCCACUGAUUUAUUUUGUGUAUGUUCAGCUAAGUCUCCCUACUUACCUCUAAGAUUCAUUUUUGUGAAAAUCCAUAGAUAUAAUAUAUAGGAAGCAAAAGCUUCAUUUUGAUUA